UCAGAGCCGAGCGGCGGGCGCGCGGCGGGGUCCGACGUCGGCGCUGGAACCCGCUGGCAGCACCCGGCGCGGCAGGGGCGGCUCGCGCGGCGCGGCCCCAGCUCCCCCGCCAGGUCGCAGAGGAGAGCAGGGACCGGCGGGCGGCCGGCGGCGCUGGCAGAAUGGGGAACCGGGAGAUGGAGGAGCUGAUCCCGCUGGUGAACCGGCUGCAGGACGCCUUCUCGGCGCUGGGGCAGAGCUGCCUGCUGGAGCUGCCGCAGAUCGCCGUGGUGGGCGGCCAGAGCGCGGGCAAGAGCUCGGUGCUCGAGAACUUCGUGGGCAGGGACUUUCUGCCUCGAGGGUCGGGCAUCGUAACCAGACGGCCUCUUGUGCUGCAGCUUGUUACUUCCAAAGCAGAAUAUGCUGAAUUUCUACAUUGCAAAGGAAAAAAAUUUACAGAUUUUGAUGAAGUUCGUCAUGAGAUUGAAGCAGAAACAGAUCGAGUGACUGGAAUGAAUAAAGGCAUUUCCGCCAUACCCAUUAAUUUACGAGUCUAUUCUCCACAUGUGUUAAAUCUCACGCUUAUCGACCUACCUGGAAUUACUAAAGUGCCCGUGGGAGAUCAGCCACCAGAUAUAGAGUAUCAGAUCAGAGAAAUGAUUAUGCAGUUCAUUACGAGGGAGAACUGUCUGAUUUUGGCUGUUACCCCAGCCAACACCGAUCUUGCAAACUCAGAUGCAUUGAAGCUAGCUAAAGAAGUCGAUCCUCAAGGGUUGAGAACCAUUGGCGUCAUCACCAAACUGGAUCUUAUGGAUGAAGGAACAGAUGCCAGGGACGUUCUAGAGAAUAAGCUGCUGCCUCUCCGCAGGGGUUAUGUGGGCGUGGUAAACAGAAGCCAGAAGGAUAUAGAUGGGAAGAAGGACAUUAAGGCUGCCAUGUUGGCCGAAAGGAAGUUUUUUCUCUCGCACCCGGCUUACCGACAUAUUGCUGAUCGGAUGGGGACCCCACACCUGCAGAAGGUCCUUAAUCAGCAACUUACCAACCACAUUCGGGACACCCUCCCAAACUUCAGGAACAAACUGCAGGGACAGCUGCUGUCCAUCGAGCAUGAAGUGGAAGCCUACAAGAACUUCAAGCCGGAAGACCCCACCAGGAAGACCAAGGCAUUGCUGCAGAUGGUUCAGCAGUUUGCUGUGGACUUCGAGAAGAGAAUCGAAGGGUCAGGGGACCAAGUGGAUACCCUGGAGCUCUCGGGAGGGGCUAAAAUCAAUCGUAUAUUCCACGAACGCUUUCCUUUUGAGAUAGUAAAGAUGGAGUUCAACGAGAAGGAAUUGCGAAGAGAAAUAAGCUACGCAAUCAAAAACAUACAUGGUAUCAGGACAGGGUUGUUUACUCCAGACAUGGCAUUUGAAGCAAUAGUCAAAAAGCAAAUCGUGAAACUGAAAGGACCUUCCUUGAAGAGUGUAGAUCUGGUCAUACAAGAAUUAAUCAACACUGUCAAGAAGUGUACCAAAAAACUGGCCAACUUCCCCAGACUCUGUGAGGAAACAGAAAGGAUCGUUGCCAACCACAUUCGUGAACGAGAAGGGAAGACAAAGGACCAGGUUCUGCUACUGAUCGACAUCCAAGUCUCCUACAUCAACACCAACCACGAAGAUUUCAUUGGGUUUGCAAAUGCUCAGCAGAGGAGCAGUCAGGUUCACAAGAAAAACACAAUUGGAAAUCAGGGAACCAAUCUUCCGCCUUCAAGGCAAAUUGUGAUUCGCAAGGGCUGGUUAACCAUCAGCAACAUCGGCAUCAUGAAAGGAGGCUCUAAGGGUUACUGGUUCGUCCUUACUGCCGAGAGCUUGUCCUGGUACAAAGACGACGAGGAAAAAGAAAAGAAGUAUAUGCUCCCUUUGGACAACCUGAAAGUUCGAGAUGUGGAAAAGAGCUUUAUGUCUAGCAAGCACAUCUUUGCACUUUUUAAUACAGAACAAAGGAAUGUAUACAAAGACUAUCGCUUCCUUGAGCUGGCAUGUGACUCACAGGAGGACGUAGACAGCUGGAAAGCUUCUCUCCUAAGAGCUGGGGUUUAUCCUGAUAAAUCUUUAGGGAACAACAAAACUGAAAGUGACGAGAACGGCCAAGCAGAGAACUUCUCCGUGGACCCACAGCUGGAGAGACAAGUGGAGACCAUCCGCAACCUCGUGGAUUCCUACAUGUCCAUCAUCAACAAAUGCAUCCGGGAUCUAAUUCCAAAAACAAUCAUGCACCUUAUGAUCAAUAAUGUUAAAGAUUUCAUAAACUCCGAGCUCCUCGCCCAGCUGUACUCCUCCGAGGACCAGAACACGCUGAUGGAGGAGUCCGCGGAGCAGGCGCAGCGCCGGGACGAGAUGCUUCGCAUGUACCAAGCCCUUAAGGAAGCCCUUGUGAUCAUUGGCGACAUCAACACGGCCACCACCUUCACCCCCGCGCCGCCCCCGGUGGAUGACUCCUGGAUACAGCAUUCCCGCAGGUCCCCCCCUCCGAGCCCCACCACCCAGAGGCGGCCGACGCCCAGCGCUCCUCUCGCCCGGCCUGCAUCCGGCCGGGGGCCCGCACCCGCCGUGCCCUCCCCCGGACCCCACUCGGGGGCGCCCCCGGUGCCCUUCAGGCCUGGCCCGCUGCCCCCCUUCCCCAGCGGCGGCGGCGGCGGCGGCGACUGGUUCGGAGGCGCCCCCCCGCAGGUGCCCUCCCGGCCCACGAGGGCCCCGCCCAGCGUCCCCAGCCGGAGACCACCCCCAUCACCAACUCGUCCCACUAUAAUCCGUCCACUAGAAUCCUCCCUGUUAGACUAAACGAAGUGUCUGGCCUGGCAAUUAAUUACUAAUGAAUUAUGUGAAAGCAACAUAUUUGAUCAGUAAAUCACGAGUAGUCGCAUGUGCGGACAUCAGUAGGCAAGUAACCCGUUUUACUAACGCAUUCGUCACUCAUCGUCGUCGCUCAUGGUGUAUCAGACCUUCGAAGUUUGACUCUGGAAAACUGCUGACCCUUCGAGGCUUUAGAUGUUGUACUGACCAAGGGUAGGUCUGUAUAGCAGCCCUAUAUUUUGAGAGCCCGUUUGCCUACCCUGGCGUAUAUUUGAAACUGCUUUGGACAAGUUCCUAGGUUACCCACCAGGUAGCCCAUUAAGUGUGAUUCUUAAGAGCUUUGAGACGGGCUUAGACCUAAGCCAUACGUGUAUUUACUUUCCCACAUCCUGUUUUGGCUGAUAGAAAUUAUGUUGUCUAUCGUGAAUGUUUCCUCCUACUCUAAUGACCUAUUUAGAUCCUCUUUCCAUUCUCUUUAUUUCAUAGGACUGCUAGGAAGUGAUUUUUUUUUUUAAUUAGGAUUCCUUAAGAAUAGACUUUUCCAGAAGCACAAGGUAGUUUGCAGAGGAAAAGUUAACGCAUUGCUUGCUCUAGAGAGCUUCUCCUCAUCCUGACGUGUUUUGCUUCAUGCUCGAAGCAUAUUCAACAGCGAAUCAAAGCUUAAUUUUCUGGUAGUCGGUCAGAAGAUUUGGCUAGUUAGUUUCAGAGUUCAAGGAAGAAGCAAAAUGUCACAUCUCUAGAAGUGUCUGGAAAUACCUAAUUUCUUUAUUCACAUAUAUAUUUACCUCCCUGUAGGUUACGGUGAAGGCUGACAUGGGAAAUAUUUAACAUCCCACACCGAUCGAGAUGUAGGCGUGGCUAACUCCACUGUGACAUGAACUGUAGUGUACUUAUUUACGUGGCUGGAGCAAGUUUUUCUCUUUCCAAGCUAAUUUGUAAUUCCCUCGUGUAAGAAUUCAUCCUACCUUUAAAGC